GUUAAUGAAAAUUGUAAUUAAUUUUCAUUUAUUAUUACAACUAAUCGAUGCUAUUGUCAUUGUUGAACCAACAACAACAACAACAACUAAUCAUAAUCAUAAACAUGUUACGAAUAAUAAUGAUAAUCAAUUUAAAUUAAUACCAAAAAUGAUUGAUAAUUUUACAACAUCUACUACUGCCAAUAAUCAUUUAUCAACGCCAAAACGAUUAGUCGAGAAACACCAUGAUAAUCAGGUGAACACUAUUGUUACGGUGAGCAAUUUUACUGCGAAAAAUAAUCAUACCCCUGAUAAAAAUGAUGAUGAUGGUAUUGAACAUUUUAUUCAUUUCAAUCAAUAUAUGGGUUGGAUUUCAAUCAUUUAUAUGGCCAUUAUUGCGUUGGUUUAUAUUGUUUCAAGACUGGAUGUUAUCAAAGAAAUUUUUAAAGGAAAUUUUGAUCAAUUUCGACCAUUGAAUUUAAUUGUGGAUGAGGAUUCAUUUGAACAACAACAACGAGAGGAGCAGGAACAACAACUACGAUCUAUUGAUACAUUGACAUCUGGAUCAAGCAUUCAACAACGUAGAAAUCGAUCAUCAUCAAAUGGUUCAUUGAGAGCAGUAAGCAGUAACGACAACAACAACAACCACCAAAAUAACAAAGACAACAAAAACAACAAAAAUCAUCAUCGAAGAUCUUCAAAUCGUAAAAAUCGUUUCAUCGGCAAAAUGAAUGUCAUUCCUGAUGGUGUAACGGAAUUUAUUCAAAAAAUUACAACCAAUUUUUAAAAUAGAAAACUUUUUGUAAAAAUGAACUAUGUUUUUUUGAAAAUAAAUCAAAAAUCAAUACAA